UGGGCGCUGUAGGGACAGGAGAGACUCAGAGCGCAGAGACUUCGGGAAGGAUCAGGGGGCUCGGGGGGCUCAGGAUGGCUCAGUAGCCGCUGGACAGGAUGUUUGUGCCGCUCUUGUGGGCAGCUGUCUGCUGGGGACUCCUGAUGGGCGCAGUUUUAGUAUGAGAGCUGAGCACCCAAUCAGAUGUGAAGGAAAGAGAAUUCGCAGAUUUGCACUUCAGAUCCAGUGCUACCAGUGUGAAGAAUUCCAGUUGGAUGACUGCUCUUCCCCAGAAUUCAUUGUCAACUGCACAGUCAAUGUCCAGGACACUUGUCAGAAGGAGGUUAUGGAGAACAGUCACGGGAUAUUAUACCGCAAGUCCUGUGCUUCGUCUGGUGCCUGCCUCAUCGCCUCUGCUGGAUACCAGUCAUUCUGCACCCCCGGCAAAGGGAACUCUGUGUGUAUCAGCUGUUGUAACACUCCUCUCUGCAAUGGGCCCCGUGCAAAGAAGAAGGGAAAUUCUGCGGCCGCUCUGAAGCGGCACAUUUGGGCCCUGCCUGUGUUACUAAAUGUGGCCCUGGGGACUUUGCUGCUCUAAAGUAGAUGGCACUAUUUUUUUUUUAGGAAUCCUGCAUUCUGGUAGCUGUUUGCAAUUUCUUUCCAAAGCAAUGACAAGUCACCAGAAAUAUAUAAAUGUAAAUAUAUAUAUAUAUAUGUUAUAGAAAGAAAGACAGAGAGACAUUUUUUUAUCUUUUUCUUUUUGGGGGUUCAAUGAAACCUUUUUUUUUUUUUUUUUUAAAUUUGAACUCCAUAGCACUUCCAUAAGGGGCCCCAUGUCUGUGCGCACCCUGGUAGCAUAUUAAACAAGCACAUCA